GACUAUUUCUUUCAUAGUUCUGUUCUCUCAGUACCUGAAAGAUGUGCCUGUGCCGCUGCCAUCUUACCAGAGAGGCAAGAAGUGCCACCUCUCCCCGGUCUACCUCUUCCAGAUCUUUCCGGUGCUGCUGGGGCUCUCCCUGAGCUGGCUGCUCUGCUACGUGCUGACGGUGACCGACGUCCUCCCUGCAGACCCCGCUGCCUAUGGCCACCUGGCCCGGACGGACACCCGCGGGGAUGUUUUGUCCCAGGCUCCCUGGUUUCGGCUGCCUUACCCAGGCCAGUGGGGAGUGCCAACCGUCAGCCUGGCUGGGAUAUUUGGCAUCUUAGCCGGGGUGAUUUCCUCCAUGCUGGAGUCCGUGGGAGAUUACUAUGCCUGUGCCCGCCUCUCUGGGGCCCCGCUGCCGCCGAAGCAUGCCAUCAGCCGCGGGAUCGGGGUGGAAGGCAUCGGCUGCCUGCUGGCCGGGGCCUGGGGGACAGGGAACGGCACCACGUCGUACAGCGAGAACGUGGGGGCCCUGGGCAUCACUAAGGUAGGGAGUCGAAUGGUGAUCAUUGCUGGUGCCUGCGCCAUGCUCCUGAGUGGCAUCUUCGGGAAAGUGGGGGCGAUGCUUGCCAGCAUACCCACCCCCGUGAUUGGAGGCAUGUUCCUUGUGAUGUUUGGAGUUAUCACGGCAGUGGGAAUUUCCAAUUUGCAGUACACAGAUAUGAACUCCUCCAGAAACAUCUUUAUCUUUGGAUUUUCUCUAUUUGCUGGCCUCACAGUUCCCAACUGGGCAAGCAAAAAUAGUACACUGCUGGAAACAGGAAUCAUCCAACUGGACCAGGUGAUCCAGGUGCUUCUCACCACUGGCAUGUUUGUGGGUGGACUCCUGGGGUUUAUCCUUGAUAACACCAUUCCAGGAACACAGAAUGAGCGGGGGCUCCUGGUGUGGAAGAACAGCCACAAGGGAGAGGUGGACAACUCUCAACUCGUUUCCAAGGUCUAUGAUCUUCCGUUUGGCAUAGGCACCAAAUACUGCGCAGUCUCUUGGUUUCGGUAUCUCCCCACUUGCCCUAAAAGACUACCUGGUGGCAAGAGAAUGGAUGAACUGAAGGCUGCUGGACAGGAAAGCAGUGUUAAAGCGAGCUCAGAAAGAGACUCUGAGAUAGGUGCGGAUACAAGGAUAUAA